GGUAGCAGUGGGACCAAGCAUUCUGAGGAGGUUCGUCUUUGAUCACUGCAUUAUUGUAACAAGAUUGACUGUUGACUUCAAUCGUGCGACUUUAAUGGGUUUUCACACUUGGACGUGUCCAUUUGUCGGUUUUAGCAAUGAAGUUUUCAUGCCUCCUUCCUUAUGCCAUUUGGAAUUUGUAGAAGAGAAAUGGAAACGAGCUGAAGCCUGAAAGCAUGUGAGAUUUGGUUUUUGAGAGUGGUGAAUUAAUGUUCAAUCAGUGCACCAUUCCAUUCAAACAAUUUGUGAAGGUUUCCAAAACUUGAAUUGGCUGAUGAGGGAAACUAGUAACCGGCCUAACAUACUCCCUGUCGAAAUCACAAUCAAAGAGCUUGGAGUCAAGUACUGAGGGCAUCCUUUCUUUGGUUGUAAAUUUCAAUUUCACCCCAGCCGGAUUCUAUCUUCUUUUCCAUAUUCUUUUUUAUCCAUUUUUUGGCGCUUUAGACAGACAACAAGUAAAACAGCUCAAUUCAAGUCCGGACAAAUUCACUUCAUGCAGAUCAUAAAGUAAUAAGGUAGAAGGAUGCAGAAAUUGGGAGAUUUCAAGCUGCCCCACUUCUUCAAUUAUCCACCUUACUUCACCUUGCAGCCAGUUAAGGACACUAGGGAAAAGCAGAUACAACUUUGGAAGGAACUAGUACUUGAUUUCUGUAGAGCUCAAAAUAUUUUUAUAAUUGAACUCGAAAAUGACUUUCCUCUGUUCCCAAAUCCUGUAAUUGAAAGGUCUCUAAGUCAUGAAGCUAGGGAGGUAUUCCUGUCAUCCUUAGUUUCUGAAGGCCGUGCAGAAUGGAUGGAUAAGGGACACAGAAAAUGCCUUAUCCUCUGGCACCGCAUCCAAGAUUGGGCUGACUCGAUUUUUGGAUUCGGGAUAUUAUUCACUGCCAGUCCCAAGCCCGGAUAAAGGAGGAGGGUUGCGUUAGGUAGCCGACAACCAGCGUAAAACUUAGUCGGAUCCAAAUAUGAAUUCUAGACAAACUAUCUGUUGGAAUGUAACCCACAUAGAAAUCUAGAAUUCAUGUAGCCAACCCCACAUAGUGGGAUAACGGCUGGACAUGUUGUUGUUGUAUGUUU